AUACCCCGCCUCCAACAAAUGUGGGAGAAACAUAAAGGGGCCGCAGAGCCCUCCAUCAGAGCAAGAAUCAUCAAUCAAUUCUCAAUCAUACCCCAACAUACACAAUGUCUCCUCCCACACUUAAAGUCGCAAUCGCUGGCCUCGGCCGCAUGGGCGCUCGCCACGCACAUCACUUUUAUGCCCUCACUCCCCGGGCUGAAGUAGUCGCAGCGUCUUCCCCGAAGCAAGACGAGUUAGACUGGGCAAAGGCUAACCUCGGUGAUGCCCGGACCUAUCUCGACUACGAUGAGAUGCUUGAAAAGGAGCAGGCGAAUGGUCUGCAGGCCAUUGUGAUCGCAUCGGCUACCAGUGUACACGCCGAGCAGGCAAUUAAGGCCAUCCGUCGUGGACUGCACGUUCUGUGUGAAAAGCCCUUGAGUAUUAACGUCGACGAGUCUCAAUCCGUCGUCGACGCCUACAGAGAAUCUGUCAAGACCUACCCCUCCCAAAAAGUCCUGUGCGGUUUCUCCCGCCGCUUCGACGCCUCCUACCGGGAUGCCUUCAACAAGAUGAACGACGGCCUGAUCGGUACACCCAGUGUUUUCCGCUCCCAGACCUGUGACAAGCUCGACCCCUCCGGCUUCUUCGUAGAAUAUGCCCAGUUUUCAGGCGGUAUCUUCGUCGACUGCUCCAUCCACGAUAUCGAUCUUGCGUUGUGGUUCUUCGGCAAAGACUCUGUGGUCAAGUCCGUCACUGCUAUCGGUAUCACGGCUGUUUCGCCAGAGUUGAGGAAGUAUAAUGAUCGCGACAAUGCGCUGGGUAUCGUCGAGUUCUACGGCGGCAGAAUCGCGCAAUUGUACUGCAGUCGGAUGAUGGCUGCUGGACAGGAAGAUAGCACCGAAAUCAUUGGCACACAAGGUAAACUGGCCGUCAAUACUCAGCCCAUCUCGAACCUUGUCAACAUCUAUGAGCCGACGGGUAUCCGUCGAGAGAUCCCACCACACUACUACGGACGGUUCCGGGAGGCCUUUAUCACCGAGGCGAACGAGUUUACCGCUGCCUGCCUUGAUAACACGGAGCUUCCAGUGCAGUUGGAGGGAGCUGUGGCUGCUGUCCGUAUUGGCGCAGCAUUGCAGGAGAGUCUUAUCACAGGGAAGAAGAUUGAGUUCGAUGAAUCGGGACAGAGGAUUGGGUCGGAUGUGGAGGUGCGCCUUAAGAAUUAAUCUAUUCUGAUCAUCGAUACGCUAUGUGAGAUGGAAUUUUAAAUGGACUACUGCGCUUAAAGCAAAUAAUAUUCCUUCUCAUUGCUACUAGCUUGGUAUUUGCAUUACUGUGAAUGUUCCA